GCUUUUCUUUAUGAUUUUCUCUGUUUGUGGAUUCAUUAUGUUAAAUAUUUUGUGUUCUGGUUUUUGCAAUUCUGUGUAUUGGAACCCAUUGAUUCAAUCCCUUUUCAAUUACCCAGAUCCUGAAAACAGGAUGGGGAUAACAAGUUCAGUGCUUUAUGUGAUUUGGGUGGUACUGGUUGGUUGUGUGGAGCUUUUGCUCUGUUUUGUUUGCCUUUUGAGUUGGUCUUGCUUGAUGGGCCUCGUGAAUUUGUUUCGUCAUAUUCAUACAUUGAAGCCAUUCAGGAUAAGGUCUGAUAUUUAUGUGUAUGUUUUUCACGUGAGCUUUUGUUCUAUGAUUCCGGUGGCUAGGUGCUUUAAAUUCGUCUGCUUUUGGGUGGUUCCCUGGUUUGUUUAGAAGCAUUAACGACCUUGUUUGAUCAUCAAUUUGUCAUCCUCAGUCUCCAGUAGUCCCGUUUCGGUAUGGAAGCGCAACAUUCUGGACACGGGCGUAUAUUUGAAGUGCAUGGAGAUGUGAAGGAUAUUGAGUCAAGCUUGCGUGGUAGCAAGAUUUGUGCUGAAGCACCAUGUGGAUUUUCAGAUCCUAAUAACAGUUCCAAAGAUGCUAAGGAACGGUCAGCAUCAAUGCGGAAGCUUUUGAUAGCAGUUGUGCUCUGUGUCGUUUUCAUGACUGUGGAAGUUGUUGGGGGUAUCAAAGCCAAUAGUCUUGCUAUUAUGACUGAUGCAGCUCAUCUAUUGUCAGAUGUUGCAGCAUUUGCAAUUUCCCUGUUCUCACUGUGGGCAUCAGGAUGGGAGGCAACUCCACGCCAGACUUAUGGCUUCUUCAGAAUUGAAAUACUCGGUACACUUGUUUCCAUCCAGAUGAUAUGGCUUCUUACAGGGAUCCUUGUAUACGAAGCCAUUGACAGACUCAUCUAUCAGACCGGUGAAGUUCAGGGCUUUCUCAUGUUUGUUGUUUCUGCAUUUGGUUUAGUGGUUAAUAUUGCUAUGGCAGUCUUGUUGGGUCAUGAUCACGGCCACGGUCACGAUCACGGUCACGGUCACGGCCACGGUCACGGCCACGGUCACAGCCACGGUCACAGUCACGGUCACGGUCACGGCCACGACCACAGCCAUAGUGACCACGAUCAUGGACACAGUGAACAUCAUCAUAACACUGAUAAUCAUCUCGAUCAUGAACAUGAUGACGAGCACCAUCAUUCUGAGGGAGCAGAUCUCACACAUCCACUGCUCAAUGAAAAUACAAGAAAGAACAAGCAACGAAAUAUCAAUGUGCAGGGGGCUUAUCUUCAUGUACUCGGUGACCUCAUUCAAAGUAUUGGAGUUAUGAUAGGUGGAGCAGUUAUAUGGUACAAGCCAGAAUGGAAGAUUAUUGACUUGAUAUGCACCCUUGUAUUCUCAGUAAUUGUGCUGUGGACAACAAUCAAUAUGAUGCGCAACAUUUUGGAGGUUCUUAUGGAGAGCACUCCUAGAGAAAUUGAUGCCACAAAACUUGAGAGAGGUCUCUGUGAGAUGGAUGAGGUUGUGGCAGUUCACGAACUACAUAUUUGGGCCAUUACUGUUGGGAAGGUGCUACUGGCUUGCCAUGUCAUUGCUAAGCCGGAUGCAGAUACUGACAUGGUACUAGAGAAGGUGAUAGACUAUAUCAAGAGGGAAUAUAACAUCACUCAUGUCACUAUUCAGAUAGAGCGUCAGUAGAUCUGGACUCAGAUGAUUUGUGUCAUCACUCCUGAGUGUUGUAAUUAGGUUGCAUGGUUGGGUUUCUCUUAGACUGAAGUUCCAUCUAAUGCUUGAUUUCUACAUUACUUCAGUAUGCCUCAACUCUUAAUUCAUGCUCAGAUGAAAAGCAAUUCCAUCUCUCUAUGCUAUAUGUGUCUGCAAUUCCAUCUGCUACAAUAGAUAUAUAUAUAUAUAUAUAUAUAUUCUGUUUUA